AGAAUGGGCGACGAUUUUGACCUAGAUAAUCUGAUAUGUAGGCUUUUGGAGGCGAGAGGAUGUCGUCCGGGCAAACAAGUAAAUAUGACGGAAGACGAAGUGCGUGGUUUGUGUCUAAAAUCGCGCGAAAUCUUCCUGCAGCAGCCAAUUUUGCUCGAACUUGAGGCGCCAUUGAAGAUUUGCGGCGACAUUCAUGGGCAAUUCACGGAUUUGUUGCGUUUAUUCGAGUACGGAGGCUUUCCGCCGGAAGCUAAUUAUCUCUUUCUCGGGGAUUACGUUGACCGGGGCAAACAAUCGCUCGAAACAAUUUGCCUCUUGUUGGCGUACAAAAUCAAGUAUCCGGAAAAUUUUUUCCUGCUGCGGGGGAAUCACGAAUGCGCGAGCAUUAAUCGCAUUUACGGCUUCUACGACGAGUGCAAGCGUCGUUACAACAUCAAAUUGUGGAAAACGUUUACGGACUGCUUCAAUUGCCUUCCCAUUGCCGCGAUCAUUGACGAGAAGAUUUUUUGUUGUCACGGCGGCUUGUCGCCCGAUUUGCAGGGCAUGGAACAAAUUCGACGCAUCAUGCGACCAACAGAUGUGCCCGAUACCGGCCUAUUGUGCGACUUGCUAUGGAGCGAUCCCGACAAAGAUGUUUCCGGAUGGGACGAGAACGAUCGCGGCGUGAGUUUUACCUUUGGCGCCGACGUUGUCAACAAAUUCCUCAACAGAUACGAGAUGGAUUUGAUUUGUCGUGCGCAUCAAGUCGUCGAAGAUGGUUACGAAUUCUUUGCGAAACGGAAACUCGUGACACUCUUUUCGGCGCCCAACUACUGCGGCGAGUUUGACAAUGCGGGCGGCAUGAUGUCUGUCGACGAAUCGCUCAUGUGCUCCUUCCAAAUCUUGAAGCCGUCGGAGAAGAAGGCGAAAUAUCAGUACAGCGGGCUUAACGCAAGUCGACCUCACACUCCGCAAGCGAAUCAGGCAGCGAUAUCCAAUAAGAAAAAGUAAUAUUUUUGUUUCUGUUAGAUGUUAAUUGAUUACUAUUAUUAUUAUUGUAUUACGAUUAUCAGUAGAUUUCCCGCAUUCACCCAUUCAAUUCGACUCCUUCUCCUCCUGACACACAUACAUUUAACCUACGACACAUAACUAAAUCGUAAAAUUAAUAUAAUUGUCAUAAGAAGUACAUAAACAAACGUAUAUUAUACAUAUAGCAAUAUAAUCCUUAAAGUAAUGACUCUACCAGUUAAUAAGUAUAUAAUUUAAUGUGAAAUGUAAGAACGAAGGCAUGAACAAAAAAAAACUCUAAAUAAAAACGUACAUUUCUCCAAAGCAACUAAUAAUCAAAUUCAGACAGACCCGUUAAUUCCUCUCUUCUACUUUUUCAUUAUUUUAUAAAAAAAAAUACGCUAAAAUGAUGAUGAAAUGAAAUAAAAAAAUACAAAAUUGCUACUUAUACUUACUACAUACUCAUAAAGGAAAAA